AUGGCCAACAAACUAAACGACACCGUAUUAGAUGCCUUUAAGUACUAUUUUCUGGGCAAACUUGACCAAUUUCGACCAAUCCAACUUAAUACUAAAGUUUUGGCUUUCUUGGUAAGAGUUUUGUGUUAUAACUACCCUACCCUACCCCAACCUACCCUACCCUACCCUACCCUAUACCCUACCCUACCAUACCCACCUAACUUCAUUUUAGCCUUAGUCUCUCCUAGCCUUGCUAUUAUACUAUAUCUUACUUACAUACACUAACUAUAUUUAUGAAGUUGCAUAGACAUGAGAAAUGGGCCGGCCCGGCCCGACCCGGGCCUGCCUUGAGCAAAAUUUCGACGCUUCUCAUGUCUAAGUUGUAUAACUUCAAUUACAAAAGCUAAAAAGAUAACAUUCCUAUUUUAGUUAUGUUCAAACCGAGUCUUUCACAGUGAAUUCGAUGAAAUGAUGUACCAAAUUUUUGCAACCGGAUCACGUUACAUUGUUAAUGGUAUAAUACAUCAAGAUGGCACAGAAAGCGGCCGAAUACAGAAAGAAUGUCGCUCAUAUAAAUCUAAUGCUACUACUAUGCUAGUGUGGUUAAAUCAUUUGUAUUGUAAGUAGCUUACCUGCGUAGGAUUGAUGGGCUAAAUCUAAAAUUUAAUAGGUUAAGGCCUAAGUUUCAAAUUGUAUAGCUUAAGGGCCUAAAUUUAAAACAUAAUAUAAAAUUCUUAAUUUCAGUAUGUGGCAAAGAUGGAGAAAGACGUAUAUUGUUGGACACUUAUUCAGCAACCUUUACAGAUCCAAGAAGCAUAAUCAAAGCCAUCUAUCUAUGUCAGAGUAAGUAGGGUAGUUAGCCAGAGUAGGUAGGGUAGUUGGUUUUAAGUAAACUAGAGUUACUGUAUGUUGGACUAACGCUAAAAUAGGGUAGAAAGAUAGGGUAGACAGUAGGAGCCAAAUUUAGAUCAAGCCUCAAAAUCAAGGCGGCCCCUUUGCGCGUAAAAAAAUUUAGACUAAGCCAUGUCUAAUUUUAUUUAUUUAUUUAUUUACUAUAUCAACCUACAAUCAAUAAUGAAGUACACAUAAAAUUAACAAAUUUUAGAAAUUCAUACAUGACAAUUAUCAUUGAUGUCAACGGUGUAGUCACUUAGGGCCUCGUUCCAUCUCAUCUAAUCAGGAUCCAUCCAGCUUAUACCUAUCCAUUUUCGAAGUUCGUCAUCCCAUCUUGUUCUCGGUCUUCCUACUGGUCUUCUACUGUCGGGGGUCCAUCUUAAAACCUUUUUCUCCCAGGUGUUAUCAUCCACGGUACCUCAGCUUUCUGGCAAAUGCCCAUUUCUUCGCUACGGCUUUGACCACUACCUCCCUUAAGCCUGUCCAUUUUCUGAUUCUUUUACUUCUGAUUCCUUGUCCCAGUUUCACUCCGACCAUCAUUCUUUCCAUCUUCUUCUGGCAUCUGCUGAGUAUAAUCUUAUCAGCUUUAGUUCAGCACCAUAAAGCAAGGUUGGUUCGAUGCACAUGUCGUAGUAUUUGGACUUUAGUUUAGUGUCUACCUUCUUGUUUAUGAGUACAUCUUUGGCCUUCUGAAACGCCAGCCGUCCAUUUAUAAUUCUUCUUUUAAUUUCUACACCAUGAAUCCUAGGAUACGUCAAUACAUGGCCUAAAUAUUUUACUUCUUCUGCUUUUUCAAGUUCACUGUCCUCAAUCCUCAAGGUUUUAUCAUUUUCAGAGCCUAGCCAUUGGCAUUUAUCAACAUUAAGCUCUAGACCAAUCUUCUCUCGACCAUCACACCCAAUUCGUCAACUUCUUUAGCUACUAUCAUCUGCAUAUGCUAGAAGUCUCAGAGUAUCAUCUCCCAUAGGGUAGGGUAGCGUAAGGUAGGGUAGGGUAGGCCGUUUAAUAUUGUUGUAUAUAACUGACUCUUUACAGAACUAAACAUCAAUGUUUACCUAAACCCAGUGUUUCGUAACCGACUAAUAACACAACUGUUGGCUGAUGUCCCAGUACUAUCUGAUGACUAUACUAAAGUGUUACCUACGCAGUAUGGUGGCGGCUUUGAUUGUAACCAUUGGGAAGAAAGCCUGCAUUAUGGGGUCGGGCCAGUACCAUUUAAUAACAGCUUCAAAAAAGCUCUUGUGCUCAACGAUUAUACUACAGAAGAGAUAGAUCAAUUAGGGUAUUUUGAACUUAUAACGGAACAAUACAAUCAUAACUUUUUGGAAACAAAAGAUUUGUGUAAGGGAAUGUACCAUACCCUACCUUAACCUAUUCUACUUUACCCUACCUUAUACUACCCUACUCUACCCUACCCUACCCUCUAUUUACAGCAAGCCCUUGUUUCUACCCUAUUCUACCUAGAAAUAGAGAACCGACCGGGCCCAUUUUUUGAGCCCGGCCAAUUCAAAAUUUUUAAACUUGCAAACUGGCCGGGCUUUUUGGGCAAAGCCUUGAUUUUCAGGCUCGGCCGUAACUAAAAUUUUCGUCAGGUGUUAGACCCGGACCGGCCCGUUCCCCACGUAUAACACUACCCUACCCUAUUCUAGCUUACCUACAUUAUCCUACCCUACCUUUUUUACCCUUCCCGACUCCUCUUUACCAUUCCCUGAAAUACCAUUACAAUAAACUACUUUUGCCAACGUUUUAUUUAUAGACAUGUUCGAUUGGCUAAACCGACCAGAUUUGAAAAUAGUUUCGAUGUUAGCCUACAACUUCUUGGGAUUGCUUGACUAUUGCCCGUAAGUAAAGAUUCAAACCGACUUUAUAUGUAAACCUUAGAUAGUAACCAUGACAUAUUUUAAAAACCUUAACUAUUAGUUGAAGACAUAAAGAACCCGCCAUACUUUUCCUCUAAUUUCCUCUAAAAAAUGGCGAUUUCUUUAUGUCGGGCCAUAUUAACAUUGCCAUACCUGUACAAAAAUAUAAAUUUAGGCUUCCAAAACUGCCAAAUCUUCAAAACAUAACGGCUGGAUACAAGUUGUUUUACAUUAAUCCUACAGUAAUGAAAUCGUAUUUCUCGAGGCUUCUUAAAGAACUAUACCUCUCAACCAAUGAUUGUAGUUUAGUGCUGAUAAAGAAGAUGACAAUUCGAAUGAUGAAGUAUGACAGAGAGUUGAUAGAUCAAGUGUUUCGUACAGCUUAUGCUAUGUAUGAGGCAGCGGUCGAGUCAGAUAUUGUUGUCAAAGCCUUACACUGCGAAAUUGCUGUGAUUGUGCCUCUAAGGGUAAGGAUUAUAAUUUACCCUGCUUUGUUCUACGAUACUCUAGUCGGCCUUACUAUACUUUUCACUACCCUACCCUAUCCUAUCUUACCUUACCCUAACCUACAGCCCUAUAAAUAUAACUAAAAGCUUUGCAGACUUUGCAAGAUACCAACUGGAAGCCAACCCCCCACCCAAACACUAGAAUUGAAGACUACGGCCCAGAUUUAAACGUAUGGUAUCACAAAUCCGAUUUUUUUCAAUUGUCAUGCGAAAUAUUUGACGAUGACGAUGUUAUAGAGCAAUUGGAUGGAAAAGCGUUUGAAAUUCGAGAAUAA